UAAAUACUCUUUGCUUGGACAUUUAUACUGAUGUAUAUAUGUCAGUGGGGAGCAUUUUGUUAGGGGCAUUUUUACAGAUAAAAUGUCGCGGGCUAGCAUGCUAACAUAACUGUACAGACGGUUAGCGAGCUGCUGCUCAAUUAUCUGAGACGGGGCUUUACUGCUUGCUUGAUUUUAACUUUGACAGCAUAAAUGCAGAUUCUCAGUCGAUAGAUGUCCACCCCCAACGAACCACCGGUUGGGAUACCCCAUGCUGGUCCCUCACCAGGUGCUGGCCUGUCUCCGGGGCCCAUCCUAGGGCCCAGCCCUGGACCCGGCCCCUCUCCUGGCUCUGUACACAGCAUGAUGGGCCCCAGUCCAGGGCCCCCAAGUGUCCCGCAUGCUAUGCAGGGCCAAGGGGCUGGAGACUAUUCACAGGACAUCCACCCAAUGCAUAAGCCUAUGGAGGGAAUGCAUGAGAAGGGGAUGGGAGAGGAUAUGCACUAUGGACAAAUGAAGGGGGUGGGCAUGAGAUCCCUGCACAGUGGCAUGGGUCCUCCACAGAGCCCUAUGGAUCAACACAGUCAAGGCUACAUGUCCCCUCAUCCCUCGCCAAUGGGCCAGGUGCCAGAGCAUGUGCCUAGCCCUAUGUCAGGAGGAGGGCCGACCCCACCACAAAUGUCUCAGGGUCAGUCACCCAUGAUGCCCAUGGAUCCACAGGGGAUGGUACAGCAAGCCAGGGGUCAGUCUGCCUUUAGCCCAGUUCAGCUACAGCAACUCAGGGCUCAGAUCCUGGCGUACAAGAUCCUGGGCCGGGGCCAGCCUCUGCCUGAGAAUCUGCAGUUAGCAGUGCAGGGCAAGAGGAGCCUCCCCACCAUGCAGCAGCAGCCCGUCAACACUGGCCCCUACAACAGACCUCUAGGUAUGCCAGUGACUCAUGGAGGGCCUGCAACGGGCCCGUGUCCCUCUCCAGCAAUGCAGACUCAUACCCAGAGCUCUGGGCCAAAACCAUGGCCUGAAGGUCAAGGCUCAGAGACCCCCGGCGCUCAACAGAAGUUGUUGGUCCCAGCUCCCAGUGGCAGACCCUCUCCAGCUCCCCCGCUGGCCCCCACUGGCACACAACCUGUGCCCAGCACCUCCCUCACCUCCCAACCCCAACCUCAGCCACCACCAGGACCAGGCCAGCCCUCCCUCAUCAUCCAGCUUCAGCAGAAACAGAAUCGCAUCACACCAAUUCAGAAGCCUCAGGGUCUGGACCCUGUCGAACUCUUGCAAGAGAGGGAAUACCGUCUUCAGGCCAGGAUUGCUCACAGAAUUCAGGAGCUGGAGAAUCUGCCAGGGUCACUGCCACCUGAUCUGCGGACUAAAGCUACUGUGGAGCUGAAGGCCUUAAGACUGCUUAACUUCCAGCGGCAGCUGAGGCUAGAUGUUGUAGCCUGCAUGCGCCGAGACACAACUCUAGAGACGGCCCUGAACUCCAAAGCCUACAAGCGCAGCAAGAGACAGACGCUGAGAGAGGCACGCAUGACAGAGAAACUAGAGAAGCAGCAGAAGAUCGAGCAGGAAAGGAAGCGCAGACAGAAACACCAGGAGUAUCUCAACAGCAUUCUGCAGCAUGCUAAAGAUUUCAAGGAAUAUCACAGGUCCAUCUCUGGAAAAAUCCAAAAGCUGUCUAAAGCCAUCGCCACAUGGCACACCAACACCGAGAGAGAGCAGAAGAAGGAGACGGAAAGAAUCGAGAAAGAGAGGAUGAGGAGACUGAUGGCUGAGGAUGAAGAAGGUUACAGGAAGCUAAUUGAUCAAAAGAAGGACAAGCGCCUGGCCUACCUUCUUCAACAGACAGAUGAAUACGUGGCCAACCUGACUGAGCUUGUCUAUGAGCACAGGGCUGCUCAGGCUGCCAAGGAGAAGAAGAGGAAGAGAAAGAAGAAGAAGAAGGAAACUGGGGAUGCUGAAGGAAUGGGAGCCAUCGGGCCUGAUGGAGAGCUCAUAGAUGAGAACAGUCAGAUGAGUGAGCUGCCAGUCAAAGUCAUUCAGACAGAGACGGGGAAAGUGCUACAGGGGACAGAUGCCCCCAAGUCCAGUCAGUUAGAGGCCUGGCUCGAGAUGAACCCUGGAUAUGAAGUUGCUCCACGGUCAGACAGUGAAGAGAGUGGCUCGGAAUUUGAAGAGGAGGAUGAUGAAGAGGUGGUCUCCAGAGCUGAAUCGGAAGAAAAGAAAGUCAUCGAUCCCAACAGUGAUGAAGUAUCUGAAACAGCAGCCAAGCACAUCAUAGAGUCUGCUAAACAGGAUGUGGAUGAUGAGUACAGUGUUCAGGCGGGACAGACCAGCUCCCAGUCUUACUAUGGAGUGGCCCACACGGUCAUAGAGAGGGUGGAUAAACAGUCCACCCUACUGAUCAAUGGGACCCUCAAACAUUACCAGAUCCAGGGUCUGGAAUGGAUGGUGUCUUUGUACAACAACAACCUGAAUGGUAUUCUGGCCGAUGAGAUGGGACUGGGGAAGACCAUUCAGACUAUUGCACUUAUCACUUAUCUGAUGGAACACAAGAGGCUCAACGGGCCGUACCUCAUCAUCGUACCGCUCUCGACUUUGUCCAACUGGGUUAAUGAGCUGGACAAGUGGGCACCAAGUAUUGUGAAAAUUGCCUACAAGGGCACACCAUCAAUGCGGAGGUCUUUGGUGCCGCAGCUUCGCAGUGGGAAGUUUAAUGUCCUUAUAACCACCUACGAGUACAUCAUCAAAGACAAGCACAUUCUCGCCAAGAUUCGCUGGAAAUAUAUGAUUGUGGAUGAGGGCCACCGUAUGAAGAACCAUCACUGCAAGCUCACACAGGUGUUGAACACCCACUAUGUCGCUCCUAGGAGGCUGUUACUCACUGGAACCCCUCUGCAGAACAAAUUGCCCGAGCUCUGGGCCCUGCUCAACUUCCUGUUGCCCACCAUCUUCAAAAGCUGCAGCACCUUUGAGCAGUGGUUCAAUGCUCCAUUUGCAAUGACAGGAGAGAGGGUGGAUCUAAAUGAAGAGGAGACCAUCCUUAUCAUUCGUCGUUUGCAUAAGGUGUUACGUCCCUUCCUUUUGCGCAGACUGAAGAAAGAGGUGGAGUCUCAGUUACCUGAGAAGGUGGAGUAUGUCAUCAAAUGUGACAUGUCAGCCAUCCAGAAGGUUCUGUACAGGCACAUGCAGGGCAAAGGCAUCCUGCUCACUGACGGCUCGGAGAAAGACAAGAAGGGUAAAGGAGGAGCCAAGACCUUAAUGAACACCAUAAUGCAGCUGAAGAAGAUCUGUAACCAUCCCUACAUGUUCCAGCACAUUGAGGAAUCUUUUGCUGAGCACUUGGGAUAUCCAAAUGGCAUUAUCAGCGGCCCUGACCUGUACCGCGCUUCUGGCAAGUUUGAAUUACUGGACCGCAUCCUGCCCAAGCUGAAGGCCACCAAUCACAGAGUGCUUCUGUUCUGUCAGAUGACCACCCUCAUGACCAUCAUGGAGGAUUAUUUUGCCUUCCGUAACUUCCUCUAUUUGCGUCUGGAUGGAACUACGAAGUGUGAAGAUCGUGCAAUGCUUUUAAAGAAAUUCAAUGAUGAAGGCUCACAGUUUUUCAUCUUCCUGCUGAGCACCAGGGCAGGAGGUCUGGGCCUCAACUUGCAAGCUGCAGACACCGUUGUGAUCUUUGACAGCGACUGGAACCCCCACCAGGACUUGCAGGCCCAGGAUCGAGCCCAUCGUAUCGGCCAGCAGAACGAAGUACGCGUUUUGCGUCUGUGCACUGUUAACAGUGUGGAGGAGAAGAUUUUAGCGGCGGCCAAGUAUAAACUGAAUGUUGAUCAGAAAGUCAUUCAGGCAGGCAUGUUUGAUCAGAAGUCCUCCAGCCAUGAGCGCAGAGCCUUCCUGCAGGCUAUUCUGGAGCACGAGGAACAGAAUGAGGAGGAAGAUGAAAUUCCAGAUGAUGAAACUCUCAAUCAAAUGAUUGCUCGAAAUGAGGACGAAUUUGAGCUCUUCAUGCGCAUGGAUUUAGACCGUCGUCGAGAGGAUGCGCGCAACCCUAAACGUAAACCUCGGCUAAUGGAGGAAGAUGAGUUGCCAUCAUGGAUCCUGAAGGAUGAUGCUGAGGUGGAGCGGCUUACCUGCGAAGAGGAUGAUGAAAAGAUUUUCGGUCGUGGAUCACGUCACCGCAGAGAUGUCGACUACAGUGACACAUUGACGGAAAAGCAGUGGUUAAGGGCUGUAGAGGAUGGCAACCUGGAGGAAAUCGAAGAGGAAAUACGGCUGAAGAGGCGCAAGCGUAGCAGACACGUGGACAGAGACCUGAGGCGUGAGGACGGAGACAAGGCCAAGAAAAGAAGAGGACGUCCUCCAGCAGAGAAGCUUUCCCCAAACCCACCCAAACUGAUGAAACAGAUGAAUGCCAUCAUUGAUACAGUCAUCAAUUACAGAGAUGCAUCAGGCCGUCAGCUCAGCGAGGUCUUUGUGCAGCUGCCCUCCAGGAAAGAGCUCCCUGAAUACUAUGAACUGAUAAGGAAGCCAGUGGACUUCAAGAAGAUCAAGGAGCGUGUGCGCAACCACAAGUACAGGAGUGUGAGCGAUCUGGAGAAAGACGUCAUGCUUCUUUGUCACAACGCUCAGACUUAUAAUCUAGAGGGCUCUCAGAUCUAUGAGGACUCCAUUGUUCUCCAGUCAGUAUUCAAGAGUGCAAGACAAAAGCUUGCUAGGGAGGAAAGCGAUGAUGAAAGCAAUGAUGAUGAUGAUGAUGAUGAUGACGAGGAAUCAGAGGAAGAAUCAAAAUCAGUGAAGGUGAAAAUUAGGCAGAGUAAUCGGGACGAGAGAUGUCAGGACAAAGGCAAGAAGAGACCAGGUCGUGGAAAGGCCAAGCCCGUGGUCAGUGAUGAUGACAGCGAGGAAGAACAGGAGGAGAACUUCAAGAGGGAAAUGAGCAGUCAGAGGGGAGCCACAGCGACGAUGAGUGAGGAGGGGAUGAGCUGAUCAUCAGCAUUCCCUUCACACGUUUAUUUGCUUCUUUUAUUGUCGUUCAUCACCCAGCUCAAUUAUUCUGUGCUUCACUUGAGGCUUUCUAAAAGAAUGAUUGUGCUUUUCUCUCUCUUUUUGUUUUAUGUUAUUGUAUGUUUAAACACUUUGUCCUGUGCUUUUGUCCUCUUUUGGAUGCAGCCGACUGAGGAGAAUAGUCUACAGUGAGGAAACAUCCUCACAUUUUGCACCUUCAAUAGCUUAGUUAUUCUGAAAUUUCCCUAUGUGCCCUGAGGUAUUUUAGAGAUGAUUUCUGUAUGCUUGUAUAUAAUUUACAUUUAUGCAGUGUUUAAAAAACAAUCAAUAUAUGUUUGAUUUGCAUCAAAGAACAUAAUUUAUAAGCUAUUCAAACCUUUUUUUUUUUUUUUAAACCUAACCCUUGGUUAAUCCAUGUGUUUCAAAUUUACAAAGCAUAUCAAAAAGUUUUCAGGUGUUACUUAAAGUGAAGUCCUCAUUACGUGAGCAUUUUGUAUCAUCUAGAUUAGAUCAAAUAUUCUAGUGACUUCUAUAUUGUAUUGCAUGCAGCACAAAAGCCAGCAGAGAUUACAAAUGUGUUUGAGAUCGGAGAGCUGAUCAGUCCUGUACUAUUUCAAUGGUAUGUGAAAUAAGAAUUUGACAAGCUUUGUAUCAUAUCCAUAGAUGUGGCGAUUUCUCUUUUGCCUCUUGGUCUUUCAUUCACUGGUUUUAUACUCCGUAGUCUGAUUGCUGAAGGACAAAUGCAGAUUUGUUGGUUGCAGUGUCAUUUGCUUUACUUUCUUUAAAAGAAAAAAAAAAGUUUUUUAUUUACAGUGGAGAAGUGUCUCACGGUAUUUCAAUUUUUCAAAGCUCAUGUCAAUAAGACAACCAGUAUUUUCCAGCGUAUUAUGUCAGACUAUAAACCAGCUCAGAUUGGCUACCUUUUUUCAUCUAUGGAUAUUUUUCUAUUUGCAUUUAAAAAACAACAACAACAGUGUUACUAAGGAAUGGGAUGGUUUUUAAAAAUGAUUCUUUGCUCUUAUACUGUAUUAGUAGAAAUAUGUAUUAAAAACAUUUUUAAUUGAAUGUUAUUGCUUUAAAAUGUACUCAUCAAACAAUUUUGCAUUAUUGUCAAUGAGAAUUCUUUCUGAUCUGUUCAUAAUCUUGUCAUAAUAUUUACUCUCCUUGCAUACUGUCUUUUGUGGUUGUAGCUCAUUGCCCAAAGUAAACAUCACCAAUGAUGAACCUUCGCUUGUUGUUCCGUUUCUUUUUUUUGUGUGUAAUGUCAUACUGAUUGUCUUUAUGAAAUUCUUGUGA